CAUCUCUCUUUCCCUCUCCCUCUCUCUGGGGCUGAUAUAGGCUUGGCAAGCGGCUGCUCGUAAUUUUUUUUUCGUUAACCACGUUAACGCUCUCUGUGUCCAUGAUUAGCAAACGGCAGCUACAAAUAACACGGCUUAGCUCAACGAGGUAUCAUUCUAACGCGAGAAGGGAUGAGGGGAAAACUAAUACGGGCGAUAUCCGCACCAGGAAAUUUGAGAGUCAUAAUAUCGCGAUAGUUGUUAAUGACACUUCAUUUUGUUGUUCUUUAGUAAGUGAUAAAUACAGUUCUCCGCUGGAUCAACAAACUAAAGGCUACUUAGAAUCGUCGCACGAAUGCAGACAUAUUUCUCUCUUUUUUCCGCUUAAUUGGAGACUAAUUAGCUACAGGGAGCGACAAGGCCGUUCUAUUAAUUUUGGACGUUGAUCAUUUCCAUCAUGAGCAGUUCAUCAGGUCAGUCAAGCUCGAUUUCAAGGCUGGAGGAGGACGUACAACCAAGCCCGAAAAGGCGGAAAAAUUCAUCAGCAAAGUCAAGAGAAAAUCAAGAAAAUGGCUUCACCAGCAACAGCAACAGCGAACCAACACCCAGCCUUCCCACAACACGUCUAACUGCUCCUACAACACAGGUUACUGACAAUCAUGAUAAUGGUAAUAUCGUCUCGUCAACAUCAACCGCAACUACCACAACAGCAUCAAAAGAGCGAGAUACGGCAACGGAGACAACUCCAAAAGCAGUAUCUGGGACUGAAGUUGUAAACGGCACCGUUGUAACGAGCGCGGGAAAUUCAAAUGAUGGGGCGGAGUCAAAGCCAGCCAAUGGGCAGGCAGGAGCGGAAACGAAGGACCAAUCAGUGAGGAGGAAUCAGUUCGGGGAGGUGUCAGACGGUCACAUGUCGUUAGAGGAUUGGCUUGAGCAGUGGAGGAAAGGCAAAACUAGGUUCACCAUGAAGGUUCCGAACAGAAUGUUAGUGAAGCAUCACGGCAAGCUGGUGGAAGGGAAGACGAACCCGGUAUUCUUCUUACCUUGCUGCGGGAAAUCGCUCGACAUCAAAUGGUUAUCUGACAAGGGCUAUUCGGUGGUAGGUGUUGAGAUCGCUGAGAUGGCUUGCAGACAAUUUUUCGAGGGUCACGACAUAAAAUACGAAGAGGAAGACAUCAAAGAUGGACCACAGGGGAAACUAUUCAAGGGCAUUGAUUGUGAUAUACGACUUUAUUCCUGUGAUUUCUUCAGUGUGACGAGCGCCCUCAUAGGUCAGUUCGAUUGUAUCUGGGAUCGAGGAUCCUAUGCAGCAAUGAACCCAUCAGAUAGACAAAGGUACUGUGACGUCAUAUCAAAGUUACUCAAAGACGAUGGACGGUAUCUCCUGGACUGCUUUGAACUUGAACAUUCCGUUUUCGCUGGUCCCCCGCACACUACAGAUCCUAAAGACUUGGAGAGGUAUUUCGAUUCAUUUGAUGUUGAUCAGAUUGAGCACGUUGAUGCGAUGAACGACUGGACGCGAUCCUGGGGAGUCGAGUACUUCUACCAGAAUGACUUCAUCCUUACCCACAAAAAGAAAUAAAUCUACUAUAAGUGAUAAUUAUUUUUUUUUUAAUGUCAAAACGAUAAGAUCCAUCCAUGAUGGAUUAAAAAGAGUAUCGUCAGUAUCGUAAGGAGCCAAUGGUUUUGAGGGGGGGGGCGCAAUGUGGCAUAUCGGGCAAAGAUUAUAAAAAGUUGCGGCCGAGCGAUGCAAGGAAGCAAAAAUGUAGACACUUUUGUUACAAAAUCAUAUUUCGUCAUAGGUUUUUACAUAUUUAGAAAAAUAUCAAAGUUCAUCCUUCUCUCUU